AUGAAAUCAAACAAUUUACCAGUUGACCAGAAACAGAGAAAAUUAACUCAGUUAGCAUCAACACACAACCAAUAUCAACCAUUUUCUUCUUAUUAUCUUUGGUAUCUAAUAGACAGAUUUCAUUUUAUCAUCGAUGAUAUUCAAUCAAUUUUAACAUUUACGAAAAACACUUGUUUUAAUGAAUUUGCGAACGAAUUUAUGAACGAAAGACAAAAGGCUGAAUUAGAAGGAAAUAAAGGAAAAAGUUUAUUUUGCAAGAUUUCACUUAAUGGAUCAUAUGGUUACGAUGCAAUGAAUACACAAAAUUACGCAAAGACUAAAAUAAUGAAUGCACAGAAGUCACGCGUUGUAUGUAUGUCAAAUAAGUUUAAAAACAUAAGAGAAAUAGGAGAGGAUACAUAUCAACUGAUGCUCAAAGAUAGAUUUUAUAGAUGUGAAACAUGUUUACAAGAGGCAUUCUUCACUUUAGAUAAUGCUAAAUACUGGUAUUUAGUUUUCAUUUAUGAUUUUAUGUAUAAAUGCAUGAAUGUUAAUCGUUUUCAUUUCAUUGAAGGUGAUACUGAUUCAUCUUAUUGGGCAAUCGCUGGCGAUCCAAAUCUUCCUAACACUCAAGCAUUUCAAGCAAUUGUUACCGAUAAACAAUUUUAUGAUAAAAACAUUUUCAAAUUCGCACCUUUUGAUUUCUUUUGUUUUGAUGAGAAAUUUAAACCUAAAUUAAAGAAUAAAGCCGAAGAAAAAGCACAUGAGAAAAAAUUAUUGGGUUUAGCAAUUGAGAAACAAGGUGAUAACAUGGUUGCUUUAUGCCCAAAGUGUUAUACAUCAUUCAACGGUUCAAUUGAUGGAAGUGAUUUUAAAAAGAUUGCACAAAAAAUGAAAGGUGUUAGUUUACGACAAAAUAAACAAUUAACACCUAAAAAUUAUUUGGAUAUAAUAAAUGAUAAAGUGAUAUUUGAUGGUCAGAAUAUUAAUUUACAACUUAAAAACAGGUCAAUGACUCGCUUAACAAUCGGUAAGACUGCAUUAACAGGAGCACACACUAAGGCUGUAUGUUGUGAAAAUGGAUGUUGUAUGCCAUUUAUUUAA